CGUCGUCGCAAUGCCUCGGGAGCAGAAAAGAAAAGAUGAUCCUAGUACCUUUCUUGUCUCGGCGACCCUGAAUGGAAAAGCGAGACACAAGUAGUUUUUAUUAUCACGAUGGGAUUCGAUUAUGCCCAUAGCCAAUAGCAGAGUCUUAACAGCACCAGUCUUUCCUCCGGUUUCUCUCAUUUCCUCAUGGCUUUCCCCGAAACCGUUGAUUUUGCCCGCAACUUCGCCGUCAUGGUCAGAGUACAGGGCCCUGACCCAAAGGGGCUUAAGAUGCGAAAACAUGCUUUUCAUCAAUACAAUUCUGGAAAGACAACACUUUCUGCUUCUGGGAUGCUAUUGCCUAAUACCUUUUACGAGGCUGGCUUGGCAAAGCGAAUUUUGGGCAGCAGUUGUAAGGAGGGUCAGGCGCUGGCGCUGGUUGUGACUGUUGCUUCUAUUGUUGAGUCUUUCUUGUCACCGAAUCAGAGAGAUGGAAUUUCUCAGGGCCGACCCGAGAUCAUUCCCGGUGCUCAAAUUGAUGUUAUGUUAGAGGAAAAGUUGUGCUUGGAGAGAGAUGCUGAGGGGAGUUUGGAUAAAGGAGCUUCUUCUUGGUUCACUGCUGAACUUAUAAGAUUGGUUGAUAUUCCUCUUUCUUCCCUCGCUGUGCAAUCACUCAUUGAAUCCUCAUCAGGCACUCUGGAUCAUGGAUGGGAGGUUGGUUGGUCACUAGCCUCAUAUGAUAGUGGUCCUCGAAAUUUUAUGGGUGUAACUCAAACACAGAUUGAGGAUGGCAAUAUAUCAUUCAUUGAGGGACAAAGGCAUUUGGGAAUGGGGGAAUCUGGCAAUACCAGCCUUAUGAGCAAGAAAACUACUAGAAUUGCUAUUCUUGGAGUCUUCUUAAGUUUGAAGGUUCUGCCAAACAUUGAAAUACCACCUUCUAGUAGAAGAGGGGUUUCUCUUUUAGCAGUGGGUUCUCCUUUUGGUGUCCUAUCUCCUGUGCACUUCUUUAAUAGCUUAUCGGUGGGAUCUAUUGCCAACUGCUAUCCAGCUAGAUCAUCUAAUGUUUCAUUGCUAAUGGCUGACAUUCGGUGUCUUCCAGGAAUGGAAGGUGGUCCAGUUUUUGGUGAUAAUGCACAUUUCAUUGGCAUUUUAAUUAGACCUUUGAGGCAAAAGAGUAGCGGUGCUGAAAUUCAGCUGGUGAUUCCGUGGGAAGCCAUUGCAACUGCUUGCAGUGACUUGCUGCUGAAGGAGCCCCAAAAUGCAGAAAAAGGGACCCAUAUUAACAAGGAAAACUUAAAUGCUGUAGGGAAUGCAUGCAGUCAUGAGUCAGAUGGACCCCUGUGUUUUGAGUAUGAGCCACUUAAGACUUAUUGCCCUUCAUCGUUACCAGUUGAGAAGGUAAAAGCUUCUGUUUGUCUUAUUACUAUUGAUGAAGGUGUAUGGGCAUCUGGGGUUCUGCUAAAUGAUCGAGGCUUGAUCCUCACAAAUGCUCACUUGUUAGAGCCUUGGAGAUUUGGGAAAACAACUGCAAGUGGUGGAAGGAAUGGAACAAAUUCAGAGGCAGUUUUCCUUCUUCCUGAAGAAUCUUCAUUUCAUGGCUACAGCCAUGUUGACAACCAUAAGAAGAGUCUGAGGUUCCAACCAGAGGCAGUAAAGAGAAUGAAUUCCUUAGUGCUUGAUCACAGCAAGGGAUACCAAUUGAAUUUGUCUUACAAAGGCCAUAGAAAUAUACGUGUCCGCUUGGAUCAUGUCAACCCUUGGAUUUGGUGUGAUGCUAAAGUAGUAUAUGUUUGCAAGGGUCCUUUGGAUGUUGCCCUACUGCAGCUUGAAUAUGUUCCAGACCAGCUUUGCCCUAUCAAGAUGGAUUUUGCUUGCCCAAUUCUAGGGUCCAAGGUGUAUGUUAUUGGACAUGGACUCUUUGGACCAAGAUGUGGAAAUGAUCAUGAUGGAAUCUCUCAGCUUAAGCAACAUUUGUUCAGUCAUUUCCAAACUAAAGAUUUGGGAAAACUGAAAUAUUUCUUGGGAAUUGAAGUGGCACAGUCUAAAACAGGCUUUUCUCCUUCUGUUUGCUCUGGAGUGGUAGCAAAAAUAGUUAAAGCAGAAGCUCCUCCAUAUUAUGGACACAAAGCGGAUUCACAUAUUCCUGCAAUGCUUGAAACAACAGCUGCUGUUCAUCCUGGUGGUAGUGGUGGUGCUGUCAUUAACUCAGAAGGUCAUAUGAUUGGACUUAUUACCAGCAAUGCAAGGCAUGGUGGAGGAACAGUUAUACCGCAUCUGAACUUCAGCAUUCCCUGUGCACUAUUGGCGCCUAUCUUCGAGUUCGCAAGAGAUAUGCAGGACAUUUCGCUUCUCGUGAAUCUUGAUCUACCAAAUCAACACCUUUCUUCAGUAUGGGCAUUGAUGCCUUCUCUUUCCCCCAAGCCAAGUCCUCAUCUUCUUAAUCUACCAUUUUCACUGGUGGAAGAUAAUGACAAGCAAGAGAAGGGUUCAAAAUUUGCCAAAUUCAUAGCUGAAAGAAACAAGGAUUUCGGAAGCCCUACUCAACUGGGAAAGGUGAAAAAAACGUCUAGCGGCAUUAUUCCUAGUAAGCUAUGACAGUAUACCAUUCUGUACCAGAUGAAGAUGUAAUCAUUAUUAUAUUGGAAUUAAGUUUGGAUGAUGGGAACCCUUUGUCGCCAUGACAUGUUCCCAACUGGAUGAAGAAUGAAUGCUCAAGAGUAAGGGAGUCCUCAGAGGGAGUUGGGUUUGUAGUUUUAGUCUAAAUUUAAAUACAAGCAAAAUAAUACUUCUGUACACACAACAGAAUCAUCUUUUUUUUUUUUUUGUGAUUUUUGUUGAAUUUGUUUAUUGCCUGUAUAAGUUGGUAAUUCACAGAUUCGAAUAUCUUCCCAAGUGUAUUAGAAUACAAGUCACUGUUAUCCAUGCCA